AUGUCAGAGAGUGGUAAAUCAAGAAAACGUAACAAGUCUGAUGAUAAUGCAGACAAUUACACAUGGCAGUUUCCAAGAUUCAAGUAUAAUAUUACACCUGAGGAAGUUCCACUUUAUAAUGAAACAUUAGAAUAUAUGAGAAGAGAUAAUUUGGCAAGGAUUGAUAGUGUCACACCAUUUGAUUAUCAUUUUUUUAAAAAACGAUAUGUUGAUUAUAUUUUUACAAUAGCAGCAAGAUUACGUAUUGAACCAAUGAUACGUUAUCAUGCAAUGUUUCUUUUUGAUAGAUUUUCAUCUCGCCAUAUUGAAGAUUGUUUUGGAGCAGUAUGUGAAUCUGAAGAAGGAACAUCAGAUACUAUAAAUUCUGAAAAAUGGAAACAUGUUGAAGCUAAAGUAUCAAGAGAAUUAACAUUACGUGUCAUGACCUGUUUUCAAAUAUCUCUCAAAACAUUUAGUUCUAGAGAUUUUUUGUCAUCUGAUUAUACAGCACGUUGCCUUCAAACUUUUGGUCAUUCAUAUACUAAAGAUACAAUUUUAAAAAGUGAAUUAAAAGUUGUUUUAACUGUUCAAUUUAAAUUUUGGGACAGAGAAAAUCCACUUAUUUAUGUUGAAACAUUACUAGCUGUAUUAUGUAAUAAUUGCCAAUUUCUUGAAGAAAAUAUGGAUUUAUUUUAUCAAAAAUGUAUAUUUGUACUAGAUUACGUUCUUCUUAAUACUCAAGAUAUUUUUAACUUUUUAUUAAUGAACAACUACAAUUAUACUGUUGAUAAUAUUGGUCAAUUACGUUUUAAUCGUCUUUUGUCUGAUUGGUUACUGUUAGCAAGUAGUGUCAUUUAUUGUGCAUCUUUAUCAAUGAAAUUUACAGAAUUUCAAAUAUCUAAUAUGUUAGAUAUUCUUUCAAAGAACACAAUGGUGCCAAUUAAUGAUAUUGAAAAAUUUUCAAAUGCUAUUUUUAAAAAAAUCAGAUACGAUGUUAAUGAAUAA